AUGGAUCAGUCAUCAACGUAACGUCAGUCACAUGCGAUUUCUGUCCAGAAGGUAGUUUCCAUAAUCUGACCAAUUCAAGGUGCCAACCCUGUGCCAUUGGUCAGUAUCAGCCGGAAAAAGGCCAGUUGCAGUGCGUGCAGUGUCCACCGUGGAAGUCCACUUUUACCGAAGGAACCACAGACGUUGACGGGUGCCACUAUACUGAGGCUACGAUGAAGAUGGCCAUGCUGCUCCAGUACGGGAUACAACACUGCCCCGAAGAAGACAAUUCCACCGCCUUUAAAUACAUCAAGGACCAAUUUGUACAAUUAAUGGGCAAUUAUAGUUUUCAUUGUCCUGAUAAUGAGUGUGGCUACGAGGUGAAGUCAGUUAACUGCACAAGUCUUAACCAAAAAAAUGUACUUAAGAUACAUUUUUAUAUUUUAACUCAACUCGGCGCCAACUCUUCACCGAACGAGACGGCGGCGAGAAUGGCAGCGACUCUAACGUUGACAAGAAUCCGUACAAAUUUGACAAAUUCACUUGAAGAUAAACUGACUUUGAUAGGUAAAGUCCACGGCUUAAGCCAACUAACAGAGGGGAAAAUCGUUGUUCAUUACAACAUUACCGAACCAGAGUGCCCCGCCGGAACAGUACUAAAUACAACAGGAUGGGCAUGUGAACCUUGUGACCGAGGCCACUACUUUAAUGUGACGUCAUUGCGAUGUGACGUAUGUUUUCGUGGGUCAUACCAAGACAGUCGCGGCCAAACAAUCUGUCACAAUUGUCCAUCAGGAACGUCAACCUCCCAUACUGGGGCAAUUAACUUCAGAGAGUGUAUCCAUGAGAACGCCAUUACUUCUACUACAGAUCUGACCACGACGCGAGAAAUGUUGACGUCCAGUCCUUCUGCCGUUUCAUCCAUCGGAAGUACCCAAUAUCAAUCCACCCCUGCUGAAGACGGUACAACUUCCGUAAUUUCACCUUCCACUGGGAAAAGUAGUACCGCUGUGACCAAUUUGACGAGUACAAACCCCCCCGGCAGGACCUCAGCGGCCAGUAUUCCGUGUGUAUCUAUGCCAGGUACGACUGCAUGCAAUUCCAGUGGUGUGCAGACGACCCCAGAUCCAAAUAUCCAUCUUAUUGGGCUGAUGAACGCCAUUGUGGUCCACUUUAAAAUCGAAACAUCUACCCAGGACCCAUCUGGUAAAAUUGCUUUGUUCAAAAUUUACGCAGUUGCUGUGUGCAGGUCAUAUUGCAGGAAUCACGACUGCGAGAGAUUUAGGUUACGACCAAGGCGGGCGUUGCCAUCUUCGUUCUAUUCAAGUGACGUGCACGUUCUUCCCCAGUUUCAGCAACUAAACGGCAGCAACGUCACGCUUGCGUUUUACGUCACUUACCCCCAAAGUGAUUCGGUCAUGAAUGGGACUCUGCUGCUGAGUAUUUUUACAGCUGAACAUUCAGAAUCGCAAAGGCAUAUUGCCAACAUUACCAUCUUAGACGCUAGUCCGUGCUAUUGCUCAAACGACUCUAUAAUCUCUAAAGUAUUGACGUCAACAGAAACUCCAGUCCAGUCCAGUAUUCCCGCUAUGGUCGUGGCUGUGACUGUUCCAAUAAUUGUGGUGAUUGCAAUCAUAGGGAUCUUCAUCUUUUUAAAAAAGUAUGCUUUUUUUCCGUUUCGACCACGGAAUGCCUUGUCCUUUCUUAUAUUAAACUAUAGUUUAAGGAAAUAUAACUGUAAUGAGAUUCGCAAAGGGGCCAUUGGUUUCAAGUAUAGGAUCUUGAAAGAAUGA